UAUACCUUUAUAUCAAACAACAUUGACAACUAGAGAAUAUAAUAUAUUCAUAAAAGUAAUUAAUGCAUUACGAGAACUUGAAAGGAAAUAUACAGAAGAAUUAGAAAAGAUACUAAGGAAGAAAAAAGAAAACCAAAAGAAAUAUCUUGACAAAUUAAAGAAAUUCCCAGAAAUAAAAGACUCAUUAAUCUAUAUAACUAUUGGAUACUUAUCCAAAGAAAAAGAAGUACUAAAGAAUGACUUGACCUAG